CUGCAACGAAACAAAAGUGAAAGGGAUCAAGAAGGAUAAGAAUCUGGUUUGUUUGUCGUAUCCUAGCCUAGUAAUGCGAUGUCCGGGUGUUCAUACCACAAAUUUAUAACACGAGUCAAUGGAUCGAACGGAACACAUUUCGACAUGGCAAAUAGCCGAGUUGGCCAAUGUGUUGGAAAUCAAAAAGAUACAUCUGUUCUAGAAAAGCUGCGUCAGAAACUGUCUUCAAUAGGCCUACAAGACAGAGAUGGAUGUGGUUACCAUGGUUUGGUUAAUCAGGGAAACACCUGCUAUUUAAAUAGUCUGCUUCAAGUUCUCUUUAUGACCAAGGCCUUCAGAGAGGCAGUGAAAAGUAGGCCUACCUCUGUUGUCUAUCAAGACAAAAACACUUUUCAUGAAGACCUUAAGGAAUUGUUUGAACGUUUGGAGACAGGGACCACCACAACAAAUGCUGUCACACAGGCAUUAGGAAUUGAAAACGGUAUAUCUCAGCAAUGUGAUGCGGCAGAAUAUUUUGAGAAGAUAUUAAAUAAGACUGAUCCACAUUUGUCCCAGAUAUUCAGAGGGACUUCAAGACACACAACAAAAUGCAUGAAAUGUUUUAAAACAAUAGUGGAAGAAAUUGCAUUUUGGACUCUGCCCCUCUCAAUGAACAAUGUGAAAGAUGGCAUUGAUUUGUUUUUCAAACCUUCAACAGUUAGUGGGAAGGAUCAAAUAUACUGUGAGAAGUGUGAUGCAAAACGAAAUGCUACCAUUGAAUGUAACCUGAAACAUCAUCCAGAAGUUCUGACUUUACUCUUGAAGAGAUUUGAGUUUAACAACCACACCAUGUCCUUUGUCAAAACGGACGGAUGGGUGGAUGUCCCCCAAAUAUUGAAGACACAGAGUUGUACAUAUGAGCUUUAUGCAGUCCUGAACCAUUUUGGAAGUCUUAGAUUUGGACAUUAUACUGCUACCAUAAAGUCAUUUGAGGAUGGACUUUGGUAUGAGUUUGAUGACACCAAUGUCUUCACAACCAGCAUCCAGUCAUUAGUUGAAAGGUACAAGAAUGCUUAUAUGCUGAUGUACAGAAAAGAAAAAGAAGAAGUUGGACAGAGAAAAGGAGAUGACCAGCAGAUGAGUUGUGAGCGAUUGUUGAGAGAGUAUUCCAUGAAAGGGAAAAAAGGCCACUUGGUUUUCAAGGUGUAUGACACAAGUAAACCAGCAGGGUUGGAUGUUUCGACUACAGUCAAAACCAAGGUGGAGAUGCAGAGUGUAACAGACUGUGAGAUUAACAGGGGAAUGGAUUUGUCAUCUUGUAUAUCUGCUUGUUCAGUUGACAAGUCUCAACCCAGACAAACCGAUAACCCAGUGACCGACACAAGGGCAAAAUGUACCUCUCUGUCACAUAUGACUUUAAAGAGUUGUGAGGAAAGGGUCUCAAAAAAAAGAAAAUUGAGUUUAGGAGAAAAGAGCUAUGCAGUGCUCAGGGGAAAAGGGGAAGCCGAUGAAAGGGUGUGUGGAAAAGACACCAAAGGGACAGAAGACAGCAAAGAGAGAGGUGAAGGGUGCACAGAUGCCAAAAAGAGACUAAAAAAUAAGACUAAACAGGAAAUGUGUAAUAGAAGAGAGAGAAGUCCUCUUUGUGUCUAAUAUGAACAUUUCUACUUUUCUUAACAAAAACUGUCAAACCUUUCUGCAUCUGUACUGUUAAGAUUUGAUCAUGUUAUAUUUCAAUCAGGAGAGACCAUUGGGAUGAGUAAAGUGAUGUUUAUUACAGAAUGAUAAAUGUACUAUAAGUGUUUGGAGCUUAGACCCCAUGGGGAAUUAAUGAUCAAUGGGCGCCUGCCCAACAUCCGAAGAAGACACUGGUGGCGGUGGCGGCAGCCAACGACCCAUGGCAGAAGAGUCGAAGAACAGCGAAGGGGCACCGGGUGGCGACGGAGAGGUGGAGGGUUGCGCACUUGAUAGCAUGGACAAACUACACAGGGAGAUAAUCGUAUUUAAAGGCACGGUAUCAUGUGAUCAUUUGACAGCGUUAAUUGAUGAACGGGAGCGCUGAAACCCAGAUGAAAGCCCGACAUGGAAGAGGGAAAGUAGAGCGUUCUUAGCGGGGGGAGUAGUGAAACACAUUGAGUAUGCCCGAGUGCAGGGGUCGGUCUUGCCUGACUGAACUUGCGCUAAGCUUCAUUUGUCAAAUACAAACUGUUAUGUUAUUUAACUUAACAUUAUGUCCAAAUAAUCUUUUUAUAUUUUGUUGGAUUGUUAUUUAAGAUGCCUACACAUGCAGUCAAUGAAAUGUGUCUGUAUUAGUCAUGCAAAAAGGAAUAUAGCCUACAUUGUAUUGGGUUUUUAGUUAAUUUAGUUACAUAAUUAAAAUGUAGGCUACAUUAUCAACAUGUAGGCCUACCCUACAUGUGUGCAUUUGUUUUAAGACAUUAUCAAUGAGGAUAUUUCCGGCAGAGAACAAUUUUUUCAGCCUUUACCAUUCGGUCUUACAAAACGCGAAAGUGACAGUCCUUUUCUGUCACUGUAAACUCUUUAACUCUGUACCUUCUACUGCACUACUGUACCUUCUACUGCACUACUAUACCUUCUACUGCACUACCUUCUACUGCACUACUGUACCUUCUACUGCGCUAUACCUUCUACUGAUUCUCUCACGCACUUACCAUAGAUGCAUCCCUAACCCGCAUGUAUGCAAGUACCUCCAUGUUAACUACGUACAUUCCUACCUGUAUAAUAAUACAUCCCUUUGCGUAAAAGCAUCAGCUUGAUGAAUACAUGCAAAUGCUAGAGUGGCCGCUUAGAAUGUCAGAGUAGAACGUUGAGGACAGCAUGCUCUCUCUUACCUUGAUGGCCUUGUCGCUGUAAAAUUGCACGGUUUAUUUUUUGUAUUUUGUAUUUUUAAAAUUGUAUUUUUCUUUUAAGUAUGUAUUAUUGGAGAAAGGCCCAUCCAGGGACGGGAGUUGAAAAUUAGCACUUGCUAUAAACUCUAUGUGCAUCACAUCAGCUGCAAACUUUGCUCUGUAGCUAUGUUUAACUGCAUUGUCCCUCAAAUAAACGAAUAAAUAAAUAAACCAUAGUGAAUGUUGUUUUUUUCAGUUCUAAUCAUUUCCCCAAUCAUGAUUGAAUGUAUGAAAAAAUAAACAAAAUAAAGGAUUACAAAAAUGUUAUAGUAGCGUAUAGCCCAGGCUACUUUCCUCUUCCGGAGUGGAUUAUUUUACACAAAUGUUACAUCGUUUUUUACAGUGACAUUCUACACUUCACUUUUUGUAUUUUGAAUUGUACAUGAGCAGCAACACAUGUUUAAAAUUAUUUUAAAUCUAUAUAAUUUUCAUAAAUAAUAAGUAGUCAUUUUUAUAUAAAAUAAGACGGAUCAUACACUUGAUACUACUCACAUCGACUGCAUUCCACGCCCACUUUAGCAGGCGAAGUGGAUAGAUUACUUUCGUUUAGUCAUUUGGUGCUUUGGAGUUGAAUCAAGGGCUCAAAAUGAGCUUCGUGGCGGUCAGAGUGUCAAAGGAACAAGUUAUACUUAUCUUGAUAUAGGCCUAACUUAAUUUUAAAAAAAGAUAAGGAGGAUUCGUAUGUGACAGGGUUAAGGUUAUGGAUUCCCGCGAUGCUCAUAGAAAAGGACAUGACAUCCAUAAAGAGUACCAUGGCUUAUAUAAUCAGGGGGCCACCUGCUAUUUGAACAGCGUGCUUCAAGUUCUUUUCAUGACCAAGGAUUUCCGAGAGGCUCUGGCCGG